AUGACAUUCUGGCUGCGGAGCGUCAUCGUGACGUUUGGGCGACCCGCCGAGUGGCCCCGCUGCCUCCGCCACCUCUACAGCCGCGGUGCUGCCAUGGACCUAGGACCGAUGCGCAAGACUUACCGCGGGGACCCAGAGGCAUUUGAGGAGACUCAUCUGACCUCCCUGGACCCUGUGAAGCAGUUUGCUGCCUGGUUCGAGGAGGCUGUUCAGUGUCCCGAGAUAAUGGAAGCCAACGCCAUGUGUCUGGCUACGUGUACGAGAGAUGGGAAGCCGUCUGCCCGCAUGGUGCUACUGAAGGGCUUUGGCAAGGAUGGCUUCCGCUUCUUCACUAACUUCGAGAGUCGAAAGGGAAAAGAGCUGGACUCGAAUCCCUUUGCUUCCCUUGUCUUCUACUGGGAGCCCCUGCACCGUCAGGUGCGUGUGGAGGGGCCCGUGAAGAAGCUGCCUGAGGAGGAGGCUGAAUGCUACUUCCACUCUCGCCCCAAGAGCAGCCAGAUUGGGGCUGUGGUCAGUCACCAGAGUUCCGUGAUCCCAGAUAGGGAGUAUCUGAGAAAGAAAAAUAAGGAACUGGAGCAACUCUACCAGGAACAGGAGGUGCCAAAGCCAAAAUACUGGGGUGGCUACAUCCUGUACCCACAGGUGAUGGAGUUCUGGCAAGGCCAAACCAACCGCCUGCACGACCGGAUCGUCUUUCGACGAGGCCUACUAACGGGAGACGCCCCUCUGGGGCCCAUGACCCACCGAGGGGAGGAAGACUGGCUCUAUGAGAGACUUGCGCCCUGA